AUGGCUAAACACAAUCAUUUAAGUUUUUGCAACAGAUUCGCCAAUAAGUCCAACCCAAUAUAUUUUUCGAGCUGGAACAGCCUUUCGCUCAAUUUGCCUUCUGGAAAGGAAUUCAGACCGUACAUGUGUUCCUCCAUGGCAUAUAAUUGUUCUAAUAUAAUUAAAGACAACAUUCUAUGUAGUAACUAUCUUGGAGCAAGUACUGAUGUUAUUCUCCGGCCUAUCGCACCAUUAUCAACUUCUUCAUUUACUACAAUCCAUAGCUUAGAUAUUCGUAAUGUUCAUCAAGCUGUAAUCAUGGGUUAUCUUCUAGCAUUUUUAUCAUCCAAUAUUAACAAUACACCAACAAGUCAAUUAUCCAUAUCAACUAAUUGUCCAUCAAUAGAAACUUUAGUAAAAUGGACUAAUCAAUCGACUAAUCGUUGGACAACUUAUUUAAGUCAUCAAAUGUUUAAAAAUCAAUCCAAUAUUACGUUCUCUUUUCUUCCUGUGAAAUCUAAUCAUUUAAUAAAUAUAUCAGCCCCAAUAAAAACUAUACAUAGUAAUAAUAAUAAUAAUGAUUCGUCAGAUAUUAUUCAAAUAUAUGCACAUAAUAUUUACUUUAUUUUGGCAUUUCUUCAUCUUUCAUUGUACAUUGAACCGAUUAAUCUGAUUGGUCAUUCUAUUUAA